ACCCAACAACAGUUGCGCAAUCCACCAUCUCUCGCUGUAGUCUAGUCCCUGUCUGACAUCACGAUGAAGUUGAUUACUGCUUCCAUUCUCGCCCUCGUCGGCCUCGUUGCCGCUCAGUCGACGGGUGACCUGCCCAAGUGCGCCCAACCAUGCGUCAUCGAGGCCACGACCGGUGGUAACAUUGCAGGCUGCGGCCAGUUCGACAACAAGUGCAUUUGCAGCAACAAGAGCUUCCUCGACGACAUGGCAUGCUGCCUUGCCGCCGGCUGCACGCAGCAGGAGCAACAGGCUGCUGUUAACUAUGCCAAACGCCUCUGCAGAGGUUCCGGCGUCACCGAUUUGCCCGACUCGGUCGUCUGCAAAACAACGGCGUCCGAGACCUCGACAACGGCUUCGGGCACCGCCGCUGCCACCACAGCAGCUUCGCAGACGGCAUCGACAACCGGCUCGGCCGCAAAUGCGCAGAACACUGCCUCAACCUCUACCCCCAACGCAGGGCCCUUGGCGACCAUGAUGCCUGUCGGCGUGCUGGGAGGCCUCAUCGCCGCAGCUGCCAUGCUGUAGGUUCAAAGACGUCGACACGAGUGGCAGGACGCAGGAUGCAGGGCACCAAGAGUGAUGCCACGGACGGGGUGCAGCAGCCCUCGUUCCUGGGAUCCAUGAGCAAGCAUGGCUGCCUGUGGUGCAGCGUUGGGAAAGCUUGGUUCCGCAAGCCAGGGACAAUAAUAGUCAUAGUCGUAUGUGAGAAAUGACACUGGUCUACUCACCCGCACACCUGCCACGCGGUAAAGAAUACUUCGGCCCUUGGAGUGAAGCAACGGAGACUUUUCUCUCCCUCUCGAACAUCGUACGUAUGCAUGCACGUCGCUCUUGGUCAUCAUCUGGGCGUGGGUCAUGUCCGCCCCGUUCUCCGAGGCUCCAUACCAGAUGGGUAGGGAUGAAACGCUGCAGACUCUUUUAAACGGUACGCACCACAUACGGCAACGCACUGUCGUCGCUGGAUCACCGACGGCUGGCUAUGUGCUGGGUUUGCGCUCCUUGAUUUCUGUGACUCAGGAACGUCGUACUAAUCAACCGCAGUCGUGCCACGUGGUAGCAACAAACGUACCAUGAUGAUAUGUUCACCAAGUCCUGUUUGAUGGACCUCGUGGGUCAGCUUCUACGGGAUAAGUCGAAAUCUCGUUCACGAUAGGAGCCAAGGCUCUGCAUUGAUGCUCGUGUGCGGUGACAUCUUUCAUCCCAACUUGGACUCUCGUUGGUGGCCUGAUGUUUUGGGACGCUUUGACCCAGAAUUUCGGACAGCAGCAGAGUGACCAGCGAGAUGAGUGCCGGGUCGCCCGGUAGCGGGGUCCGAGACCUGGUAGUAGUGGCGAUGAGCUGUCCGAGGGCUCGGCUAGAUAAUAGGAAAGAAAGUCUAGGCGGCUAG